AUGUUUUUCCCCUUGGCAAAAUACCGAGGCAGAGAACCUUGAUGGCCGCACCUGUCGCGAAAAAGACACCAGCAAAGAAAACACGACACGCUACUCUUAUAUAAUCUGCUCCUAGUAGGCAUGAACAUCCAAAGUAUAAGUGACAAGAGCCAGCACCGCGCCUGCGACCCAUGCAGUUUGUCCCUCGUUCCCCCUCUUCUUUGUAAUCAUCAGCUGAUGACGUGUUUUAGGGAAGCGAAAAGUUCGAUGUUCUCGUCAUACUCCUUUAUGCGAACGAUGUUCUCACUUUGCUUUGACGUGCGAAUAUUCCCCUAUGAGGACCGUAGGGCGGCCGAGGAGGGGACAGCCGUUGGGAUAUAGGUCGAAUGGCGUGGCGAGUACCGGUGCAGCUUCAAUGUCGCCGGAGGUUAUGGAUACAGGGAAUUUUGCUGGGAUAAUGGAUCAGUUCCUUGAUGAUCUGGGUACGCCGUUGCCGUCUUUCAAUAUGGACUUUUCGACAGACCAGGAUAAUACCCCAGGACAGGAACCGUUGCCGUCGGAUUUGUUUAAUGGGGGAGCAAUGCAACAGGACCAGAACAACAUGUACCCCGGAGCCACGGAAAAGCCGAUGGACGUGACACCGACGUCUCAAAACACCGAGAGCACGACGACUCCCGGACCCUCUUCUCAAAAGUGCUCUUGCAUUGAGUUGGUGAAUCAGCACUUCUCAGAAAUAGAAAGCUCCCUCGAGACUUUCCAGACCCUCAAAGUUUUGAAGCAGUCUCUCGCGUCAGCAAGGACUAUUCUGGAGUGCACUGUCUGCUUCCAGUCUAUCAAGAGCCCACGCACAUCACGGAAUGUCUACUUGCUGGGGUCCUUACUAUCUAGCAUCGGCUCCUCAUAUGGCGACUUUUUCUACGUACAGAAGCAACGGACUGCCGAGUCAUCGGUGUCUGGUACACCCAUUCGCCUUGUCGUCGGACAGCAGCCAGAUGCUCGGGAUAUGGUUGAGCUUUCUCUCGAGGGACCGAGUUACAUUGCAUUUCUACAAGCAAGUCUUAAAGGGGAGUUGGAUUGUCUUGUGGAAUUGGGUGAAGGAUUGGCGACAAGACAGAGUCAACUCCAUACUGAGGGUCACGAGAAUUGCGAAACGGGGACGAGCUGUUCAAAUACAGAGUCACUACCGACGACGAAACAUCCAACCGAGGUGUGUCCGAAGGAAGUUGACAUGACGACUGCUUGUGCAUGCUUUAGGACGGUUGAUCAGGUCAAGGCUGCGAUAGCAGAGGCGCAAAGGAUUAUCUCAGCAUGAUGAGCUGCAUAUCUACGAUUAUGACUUACGAGCAUCCGACAAGCUGUUAACAAUAUACCCAAUGCUUGUCUCUUAAUAACUCUUCCUCUCCUGCCAAUAACUCAAUGACGUAAAUGCAGUCACGAGAUUAUUAUCAAUAUGUCGCACAAAUGACUGAUUGGAAUGUCCCCGCGUCUCCUGUUUCAGAGUCCAAAACGGUUAGCGAAAAAAGAACGGAGAACGCGGCGCGGAAACGGAGCGCGGAGACUUUUAGCGGUGGUGGAGCCAUCCGCGGAACACUAACAAACA